UUAAAGACACAAAACAGACAGAGCUGCUGCAGACGUUAAAAAUCAUAGUCCAGACAAAGAAAGGGAUUGCCAUUCUUACAAAGCUACCUUUUAAUUGUUUGCUGAACUUUUAUCUUAAACUAAUUCCCUAAGGCCCUAAAAUGCAGAAACAACACCAGAGAAAGAGAAGUGUGUAUCAACAGACUAUUGCACUCCUGUGGAAAAAUAUAACCUUGAAAUGGAGGAUGAGAAUCCAAAGUUUUCAGGAAUGGUCUUCAUCACUGAUUCUUAUCUUUUCAAUGGUAAUAAUAUUAUAUAUAACAUACCAUAGUCCAGCUCAUGAAAUACCUCAGGCACACCUUGGACAGCUAGAUGACCCUCCCUUCAAUGUUACUGGGGUUAAAAUUGUCUAUACUCCAGAUACAAAGAUGGCAAGAGAAAUCAUGGAGAAAAUAGAAACCAUCUCCGUCCUGAAAGGUAUAAGCACAGAAGCAAUGAAAGAUGAACAAGCCAUGGAAGAAGCACACAAUGAGGACUAUAAAAUUAUUGGAGUUGUAUUUCAGAAUGACUUUUCCUAUCGACUCAGAUUUUGUUCUGAUAUGGUUGUUUCUCCAAGCAGUUUGAUUGAAGAAAUAGAUUUCUGCUUUGACUAUUCAGCAGAUUAUUGUAAAAGUCCAAAAUACUGGUUUGAAGGUUUUUUAUCACUGCAGUCUAGCAUUGAUAGUGUUCUUAUUGAACGGCUCACCAGUCAUUCUGUGUGGGAUGAAAUGAAAUCAAUUAGUGGCAUCCGUAUGAGAUCACAUUCUGUUACACCUACAGAUAUUUUUGAUAACUUUUUGCUCUUUUUUGCGAUGUCAGUGUGCUUUUCUCCGUUUAUGUACUUCUUGUCACAAAAUGUUUCACGCGAGAAAAGGAAAUUAAAGGAAGUGAUGAAGACCAUGGGGCUACGAGACUCGGCAUUCUGGCUAUCCUGGGGUUUGCUGUAUGCUGUGUAUGUUUUGAUUAUGUCCUGCAUGCUAGCACUUACUUUAAACAAUAUAUAUUUUACAUCGACAAGCGUUCCUGCCCUGAUUCUUCUGUUCUUCCUUUAUGGGAUAUACUCCAUAUGCUUCUGUUUCAUGAUCAGUUCUCUCUUAAAGAAGCCGAAAACUACUAGCUUUGUCGUCUUUGUCCUCACUUUUUCUUUUGGAGGCUUCAGUGUUCUUACAUUGUUGAAUAUGCUUCCUGCAGCUUUGGAAUGGAUUUUGGGCAUAUUCUGUCCUUUUGUUUUUGGUGCGGCAAUGUCAAAGAUUGUCCGCUUCCAAAAAUAUGGAAGAACCUUCUCUUUGUCUGAUCUAAUGAAUGAAUCAUAUGCUUAUGUCCUGCUUUUCGACAGUAUUUUAUAUUUGCUGCUGACUGCCUAUUUUGACAAGGUUGUGCCUGACAAAUAUGGAGUGCCCUAUCCUGCCUUGUUUUUCCUAAAGAAGUCCUACUGGUGUAAAUCAAGAAGGAGUUGUACUGGUUUUGCCACUAAUAAUGAACAAAGCAAUGGUAAUAUCUUCAGUGAUAAUGUUGAGCCCAUGCCUCCUGAAUUUGAUGGGAAGGAAGCCAUUAGGCUAAACAAUAUUAAAAAAACAUACAAAAUGAAGAAAACGGAAACAGAAGCUUUGACAGGCUUGUCAUUGGAUAUUUAUGAAGGCCAGAUCACUGCAGUACUUGGUCAUAGUGGAGCUGGAAAAACGACCCUGCUGAACAUUCUCAGUGGACUUUCUAAGCUGUCUGAUGGUUCUGCAACCAUAUCCACAUACAAUAUAUCUGAGAGGGAAGAUAUGGAACAAAUUAGAGAAAUAAGUGCUCUGUGCCCACAAUUCAACAUUCAAUUUGAAUUUUUAACAGUGAAAGAAAACUUGAAAAUGUUUGCUAAAAUUAAAGGGGUUCCAUCCAAUGAUAUAGAAAAUGAGGUAAAGAAGCUAUUGGUCCUCUUAGAUAUCGAUGCUGUCCAAGACACCCAAGCUAAUCAUUUAAGUGGUGGACAGAAACGGAAAUUAACCCUUGGGAUUACUUUGUUAGGAGACCCACAGAUCUUAUUAUUAGAUGAACCAACUGCAGGUUUGGAUCCUCAUUCCAGACACCAAGUGUGGGCUCUCUUGAAUGAGCGCAAAGCAGGUCGGAUCACUUUGUUCACUACUCAGUUAAUGGAUGAAGCUGAUAUUCUUGCUGACCGAAAGGCUUUUAUCUCACGUGGCAGGCUGACAUGUGUUGGUUCGUCUUUGUUCUUGAAGAAAAAAUGGGGCAUUGGCUAUCAUUUGAGCAUGCAUGUAAAUGAGUUUUGUGACUCUGAGAGAACAACAUCCCUGGUCAAACGCUACAUCCCUGCUGCCAAAUUAUCAGGACAACGUGAAAAUGAACUGUGUUAUACGCUGCCCUUAGAAAAUGUGGAUAAAUUUCCAGACCUGUUCUGUGACAUGGACGGCCAGACAGACCUAGGAAUAGUUAAUUAUGGGGUUACUAGGACAACUCUGGAAGACAUCUUCUUGAAGCUGGAGGGAAAUGAAACCAUUGAUGAAGAAGAUGAUGGAGCUCCUCGGAGAGAGCAGGUGGGAAGGGAUGAGAAGGAACAAGAUCUGCUCUGGCUCUCGGACACAGGAAAGGCAACAAUGAUGGGCACCAAACUCUGGAAGCGGCAAGUCUGUGCCAUGGCUAGAAUGCACUUUUUAGACCUCAGGCGCGAGGGCAAAGUCUGGGGAUCCCUAUUACUUUUUGCUUGCAUUAUAUUAGCACCUUUUCUCAGUCAAUUAAUAUCAGUUGGUAUUGGGAUGAAUCUACUUUAUGCAGAGCUUUACCCUGGCCUGUAUUUUGAGCCAGGAAAGCAGUCUUUUGCAGGAUCCAGUGGACUUCUGAUCCUAAAUGAUACAGGUGCAAGGAUUGACAAUUUCAUCUAUGCAGUGAAGAGGCAGAAUAUCAUGCUGGAAGUAAUCUCUGGCAACAAUAUCAGUGACCAAUUGGUACACAAUGGGGCUAUAAAAGUAGCCCUUGAAGACAAAAAAUACAGGUUCACUCUUAUGUGCCGCAUGGAAGUCACUAAUUGCUUUCCAGUGCUUGUCAACAUCAUCAGCAACACACUUCUGCAAACUUUUAAUUCUCCUGCCCAUCUUCGAAUCUGGAGUCAUCCAUUUCAAGAUGGACAUAACUUUCAAUCUGUGUGGUUUUAUUUUUCUGAAGUAUUCAUAUUUUGGGCUGUUACUUUAUUCCCUGCUUUUGUGCCACACUUUGCAAUGAGACACAUUCAUGACUACAAGAAAAAAACUCACUCGCAGCUACGGGUCUCAGGACUCUUUCCUUCUGCAUAUUGGUGUGGACUAGCUCUGGUGGAUAUGCCCCUGAACUUCAUUCUGCUUGUUUUACUAUUUUGUCCAUGGUACCUAAAAAAAACUAUUAGGAAACCUAAUACUGAUGCCAGUCUGAUUUUCUGUUUGGUGUCAUUUCUGUUUGGCUACAGCAUAUCACUUGUCUUAUUCCUAUACAUAAUUGCCUUCAUAUUUCGCAAAAAAUCAUAUACAAGCAGUUUUUGGUCAUUUUGGUUCAUCUUGGUGUUCUUGAUUAUCUUCAUUAUCAGAUCGUUCACACGUUCACCUGAUGAAAAUUAUAUCGAUUACGUGCUGGAUGUUUUUAUUCCUACAUAUCCAAUUAUAAACUUUUUAAUUUCUUUCUCAGUGCUAGUAAGAUAUUGGGAUUACUACGAGGAACUUGGAGCUACAUGGCAGAUUCAGCUCUGGACUUCUUCCUUUUUGCCUUAUGUCCACAGUGUAAUUUUAAUUUUCUUACUUCGCUAUCUGGUAAUGAAAUAUGGCAGGCCGGUUUUGAGAAGAGAUCCUGUCUUUAGAAUCUCCCCACAGACAAAGCGCAGCCGCCAGAAUCCUGAAGCACCCAAGGAAGAUGAUGAUAGAGAUGUUCUAGAUGAAAGGACAAGAGCUCAAAGUGCUCUGGCCUGUGCAAAUCAGGAAGAGAAACCAGUUAUCAUUGCCUACAACCUGCGCAAAGAAUACAGAAGUGGCAAGUCUUGUUCCAGUUUUUGUUGCAAGAAGAACAAGGAAAGGAAAAAAGUGGCUACCAGAACAGUCUCUUUUUGUGUUAAAAAAGGAGAAGUUUUAGGUCUGCUUGGACCCAAUGGAGCUGGUAAAAGUACAACAAUGAAUAUGAUAAUAGGAGAAACAGAUCCAAGUGCUGGACAGAAGCUGGUAAAAGGGGUUGAUGCAGCAGCAACCGAAGAAAACACUGUUGGAUUUCUUGGCUACUGUCCUCAGGAGAACGCCCUCUGGUCCAACCUGACCGUGAAAGAACAUCUGGAGAUUUAUGCAGAUGUGAAAGGGAUACAGAAAUAUGCUGCUCCUAUUGCUAUCAAUCGAAUAGUUCAAGCUCUAGAACUUGGAGAGCAUUUAAAAAAGCCCACUAAGACAUUAGCUGCUGGAUUAUCUCGAAAAUUAUGCUUUGGCCUGAGCAUGCUGGGUAAUCCUACUGUGAUGCUAUUAGAUGAACCAACCACAGGAAUGGAUCCCAAAGGAAGGCACCAGGUCUGGAAUGCAAUUCACGCAGUUCUGAAGGACAAGGAGCAAGGAGCCAUUUUGACAACUCACCACAUGGAAGAAGCUGAGGCAAUGUGUGACCGAGUAGCCAUCAUGGUGUCUGGGCAGCUCAGGUGCCUUGGAUCCAUUCAGUAUCUGAAAAGCAAAUUUGGCAAAAACUAUUUGCUGCAAAUAAAAGUAAAGGGAGUUGAGCAAGGGGAGCUUCUGAAUACUCAGAUUCUCCAGAUGUUCCCACAGGCGGCACGUCAAGAAAGGAUAUCCACUUUGUUGGUCUACAAGAUCCCAAUGGAAGAUGCACUGCCUUUGUCAAGAGCCUUCUCCAUGCUAGAGGAAGCUAAACGAAGCUUCAACUUUGAGGAGUAUAGCUUUUCUUUGAACACUUUGGAACAGGUGUUCUUAGAACUUUGCAGACAGCAAGAACGAGAGUAUUUUGAGACGGCUCUAGGCACAACUUUUGAAUGAAAACAUCUGCAUGAGGCUGAUCUCUAAUUUGUUAAUAGCUUAGUUGAAAUGUCAUUGUUUACAGAAGUGCUGAUCUCUUCAACUUAAGAAGGACUUAAAGCACACAACCCACUGUCUCUGCAUUACGUCUUGUCUAGUUUGGUCCUUAGGCUGGAAGCCUCUUGGGGAAAGGAUAUUGCAGUUUAUAUAGUCCUCUGUAUACUAACAGGUCUCUGUGGGUAACACCAAUAUUAGUCAUAUGCGGAGGUGUAAAAUUUCUGGAAAUGAUGAGCCCGUGGGGAGUGGGAUUGCUUUUUCUGCUUUAUCAUGUUUUUCAAAAAAAGACUGACAUUCAGGUGGGCAGAAUACAUACUUUAACAUGUAUUCUGUAAAGCUCAGCACUUAAAAAUAGUACUGUUGGUAUACAUUUGAAAAGUGUUAAGUGCCUUAGUUUACUCAAAUAAUUUUUGUUAUUAUGCAAAUAAUUACAAAUAUCCCCAGUCUUAAGAGAUGGGUCGGUAGCUCAUCCCCAGUGUAUGAAGCAUCUGUUCCUUCUCCCACUCCCCAUUUUUCAAACUGGCAAAUACUAAUACUUAACAUAUAUCUGCAAAACUAUAUUUUUAAAAGAGAAAGAGGAAUUUGCUCUCAAUAGUCUCCUCUCCAUUCAGUUGUCAUUAGUCAGAACAGAAGCUGCCAUAAAAAAUGUCUGCAAAACUUGUUCACCAAAAGUGACAUUGGGAUUUGUGUAGACAACAAGGUUCAGCUCAGGAUAAUCUUCCCUGAGGCAGAGCAGCAAAUGGUGUCUCUUCUCCAAGUCAAGGUGCAUCGCACCUGAAGCCCAUCAAGUUAUUUACCUUAAAUGGGCAAUCCCUUCUUUGGCAGUAAAACUGCAAUGCUAAUCCAUUAAAGAACUAACAAUUUGCUGACCUUUCAUGACCCCCAAAAUCAGCUGCCUGAAGCAGCUGCCUCUCAACCCAGAGACCCCUCUUUCAAAUUGCUUCAAACCCUCUGUAAAGCGCCUGCUUCCAGCCUCACAGUAUUAAAAAUGAUCAGUAAAUAUGGAUAUUUUGUUAAAUAGUGUUGAAUUGUUUUGUGCUUUAUUAUCAUCACCCACAAUAUGGGCAGAACUAAAUGUGGACAAAAUUAAUCAUAUUGAACCUCAUGUCAUGUCAUUUCAAGAAUAAAUCAUAUA